CUUCCGGGUCAGCGCCUGGGAGGUGAGUGGCCCGGCAGCCGGGGCCGGAUGCGGAGGCCGCGGCCGGGCCGGGCUUGAGCGCGGCCCCCCGCUUCCCCCCUCCGGCGGCCAUGGACAAGAUCCUGGAGGGGCUGGUGAGCUCGUCGCACCCGCUGCCGCUGAAGCGGGUGAUCGUGCGGCGCGUGGUGGAAUCGGCCGAGACGCCGUUGAGCCAGGCGCAGUGCCGCGCCAUGUUCGCGCUCAGCACGCGCCUCAUCCUGCAGGGCCCCGACCCCUUCCAGCGCCAGGUGGGCCGCCAGGUGCUGGAGGCCUACGCGCGCUACCACCGCGCCGACUUCGAGGCCUUCUUCAACCGCGCGCUGGUGCUGGGCCUGCUGCGGGGCGGCUACGGCGAGCGGCGCCGCGGCGACCCGGCCGUGUUGGACUAUGUGCGCGCCGGCCUGCGCCUGCUUAUCAGCUGCCCCUCGGUGCUGGAGCUCUUCGAGGCCCUGCGGGCGGAGGCGCUGCGGCUGCUGGGUGAACGGCCGGGCCCACCACUCUGUGCCCGCCUCUGCCAGCUGCUGGCCGACUUCCCGCAGUGCCUGCCCCGCGGCCGCAAGCCAGCCCUCGCCUUCUGCCAGCAGCUGGUGCGCACCAUGGCGCACUUCCAGAGCCCGCCGGGCGGCCGUGAGCCUGACCUGCGCCUCUACGUCUCGCAAGUGGCCCAGGUCAGCAGCCUCCUGCGUGCCCUCUGGAAGGCUGAGCCUGACGCCCUGCUGCCCUCCCUGCAGGAGCUCUUCGCCCUUAUCUCCUCCACGGAUGCUUCAUUUGAACCUUCUGUUGCACUGGCAAGCCUUGUGCAGCAUAUCCCAUUACAGAUGAUUACAGUACUCAUCAGGAGCCUUACUACAGAUCCGAAUGUAAAAGAUGCAAGUAUGACUCAAGCUUUGUGCAGAAUGAUUGACUGGCUGUCCUGGCCUCUUGCUCAGCAUGUAGAGACUUGGGUGAUAGCAUUGCUGAAAGGACUGGCUGCAGUCCAGAAGUUUACCAUUCUCAUUGAUGUUACUCUGCUUAAGAUUGAACUGGUUUUCAAUCGACUUUGGUUUCCUCUUGUGAGGCCUGGUGCUCUGGCUGUCCUUUCCCACAUGCUGCUUAGUUUUCAGCAUUCUCCAGAGGCUUUUCACUUGGUUGUUCCUCACGUAGUCAAUUUAGUUAACUCCUUUAAGAGAGAUGGUCUGCCUUCCAGUACAGCUUUCUUGAUGCAACUGGCUGAGCUGAUACACUGUAUGAUGUAUCAUUAUUCAGGAUUUCCAGAACUCUACGAACCUAUUCUGGAGUCUAUAAAGGAUCUGCCCAAGCCCAGUGAAGACAAGAUUAAGUUGACUCUUAGUCAAAGUGCCUGGACUUCUCAAUCCAAUUCCUUGCCAUCUUGUUUAUCUAGACUUCCUGGAAAAUCUGAAACUGGGAAAACUGGUCUUAUUAAUCUUGGGAACACAUGCUAUAUGAACAGUGUUAUUCAGGCACUUUUUAUGGCCACAGAUUUCAGAAGACAUGUAUUAUCUUUAAAUCUAAAUGGCUGCAAUUCCCUAAUGAAAAAGCUACAACAUCUUUUUGCAUUUUUGGCUCAUACUCAGAGGGAGGCAUAUGCUCCUCGGAUUUUCUUUGAGGCCUCCAGGCCACCCUGGUUUACUCCUAGAUCCCAGCAGGACUGCUCUGAAUAUCUCAGGUUUCUGCUAGACAGACUGCAUGAAGAAGAGAGAACCUUGAAAGCUUUGUCUUCAGCAAAGCUUCCUGAAAGUAUGAAUGAAGAGUCCCUGGCACAAGAAAUUGCCCACAAAGCACAGCUGUUUACUGAAGCACCAUGUACAGGAGGUGAAGAGAGAACUUUAAUUGAGAAAAUGUUUGGAGGGAAACUGAAGACCAGUAUAUGCUGUCUGAACUGCAAAAGCACUUCUCAGAAAGAGGAAGCCUUCACGGAUCUCUCACUGGCAUUUUGUCCUCCUACUCCUUUGGAAAAUGUUAGCUUGAAAACCAUAGCACAUUGUGAAGGGAAAGAUGCCUGUAUGUUGCAAGCUAGUACUGUGGCUGCUGAAGAGCCAGCACUUGAUAAUUCUUCAGCAGGAGGUGAUGGCUCUGAUGCAGUCAUGAGUGAAGGAACUCCAGGAGAUGUUUCUUCUGAGCCAGACUCUGAGAAUACUAUAGACUCUGCUCUGAACAAAGUUAAGGAUCAUACAGAUGCAUCUCAGAAAGGAGUAAAUGAAAGUACUCCUUCAGUUACUGACUUACUGAAUUAUUUUCUGGCACCUGAGAUCCUUAAUGGGGAAAACAAGUAUUAUUGUGAAAAAUGUGCCUCUCUACAGAAUGCAGAGAAAACUAUGCAAAUCAUUGAGGAACCUGAAUACCUCAUUCUUACUCUCCUAAGAUUUUCAUACGAUCCAAAGUGUCACAUAAGACGUAAAAUCUUGGACAAUGUGUCUCUGCCACUUGUUUUGGAGUUACCUGUCAAAAGAACUGCAUCCCCUUUAUCUACAGUGUCAGGGGGUUGGCCUGAGGAUGUUGAAUUCUCUGACAUUGGAGAAAACCUUGCUAAAAAACUGAAGCCUUCAGGUGCUGAUGAAGUGAACUGCCCACAACUGGUGCCCUAUGUACUGAGUUCUGUUGUAGUGCACUCUGGUGUAUCCUCUGAAAGUGGACAUUAUUAUUCUUAUGCCAGAAAUGUGACGGGUUCAGGACUGUGCCAUCAAUCAAAAACUCUCUCUCUCAUUUCUCCUCACAAUAACUUAUUGGCAGGGGAGAAUCCCAGUGCAAUUAUAGAAAAUGACCCAGACACUAACGAGAUGUCAAAAGAAUGGUUUCUUUUUAAUGACAGCAGAGUGACAUUUACUUCAUUUCAGUCAGUCCAGAAAAUUACCAGUAGAUUUCCAAAGGACACUGCCUAUGUGCUGUUGUACAAAAAACAGUGUAGCACUGGUCGCUUCAAUGCCAAUUCAGCAAAUGGACUGUGCGUGAACGGAGACCCUCCUCUUCAGAAAGAACUUAUGGAUGCUAUUACAAAAGACAAUAAAUUAUAUUUACAGGAACAAGAACUUAGUGCUCGAACACAGGCACUUCAAGCUGCCUCGGCCUCAUGCUCUUUUCGACCCAAUGGAUUUGAUGAUAAUGAUCCCCCAGGAAGUUGUGGACCAACAGGUGGAGGGGGUGGGGGAGGAUUUAGUACAAUUGGUAGAUUAGUUUUUUGACUCUGAUAAAGAUCUGGAAUACACUGAACAGCCCAUUACUGCUUAGGACUGUUAAAAUAUUGAACUGUAUCAAAUGUUGUACCAAGUUCUGAGAUGUGAUCCUUGUUCAAAAACAAAUGUUGACUUUUUUUUUUCCAGUUUUGUUCUUAUUUGAAAUAAACAAGUACAUCAUGGAAAAAUCUA